AAAAAAUAUAAAAAAAAUAUAUAUUGACACAAAAAUCAAGAUGUUUAUCAAAAAUAUUAGUCUUCUAUUUUCAGCCAUAACGAUUCAGAUGAUUACUGGUCAAUGCUUAAGGAAUGCGUAUAAUACCGCUGCAUUUACCAGCGAUAUCGCUGCAGCUAGCUUAGUCGCUGAAACUGCAGCUCUUGCUAGCGCUGCAGCUACAGGAAUCGCAUAUGGACCAGUUGCCAAUGCUAUAGCGUAUACACCAGCUUACGAACCCAUUUGUUCUAUUGGAGUACCUGGACUCACCUUUGGCUUAACUUUGGCUGAAUUGGCCGCGUCAAAUGGAAAUGGUCUCCGCGUCAGAAGUGGCUCUCCAAUUCCACCCAGUGGAGUAUCAGUAGAAUCAGAUAACAUGCUUAUUGAAGGACCACUAGCUGUUAGCGGUCAACUGCCAUUCUUAGGUGUUGUGGCAUUGGAAGGUCCCUUACCAGCAGCUGGCGCUGGUGCUGUAGCGUAUGGCUGUGGUAAUGGCAAUGUUGGUAUUGUGAAUGAGAAUGUGGCCCCAGUUGCACCAGCUUAUCCAAAUGCCUACGCUCCUGGAUACCCUAAUGCCGCAUUGGGGUAUCCUAAUGCUCUAGGACUUGGGGCCUAUCCCGCUGGCCCAGGAUGUGGCUGUGGCUAUUGAUAAUGUUUUAUUUAUUUAAUAAAUUGUUGAUUUUAUUAUA